CGCACUCACCCUUGUCACCCACGGUCGCGCGAUGCUAAAGUGGCGCUCACCAUUAUAUCACCUUCCACUUAUAUGUUAUUAGCCUCUUCUACGCCCGAAAUUUCUCACCCAACCCUCACUCUGCCUAUUUCUGAUACAUACGACCAUAGGGUGUGGAAAACAGGGCUUCCCGUCCGCUCAGCCGUACUUAAGCCACACGCCGGUGAGUUAGUAGUUGGGUGGGUGACCACCAGCGAAUCCUCACUGUUGGUGUGGAAAAUAGGGCUUCCCGUCCGCUCAGCCGUACUCAAGCCACACGCCGGUGAGUUAGUAGUUGGGUGGGUGACCACCAGCGAAUCCUCACUGUUUAUAGCAAUGGCAUAUUCAUCUCAGGCUCUUAAAAGGGGUUGUUUUGAGCGUUGA